GCUUUUUGCGUACCACACUCCUUCAACAAUAAAGACUGAAGCACUUAUUGCCAGCUGUAUCUGUGCUGUGUGUGAGUCCAGCAGUGUGUCGGAGGCAGUGACGGAUCAACAGCCAUGGAUGACGUAUAUAAAGCAGCGGUUGAGAACUUGACAGAGGAACAGAAAAAUGAGUUCAAGGCUGCAUUUGACAUCUUCAUCCAGGAUGCAGAGGACGGCUGCAUCAGCACCAAAGAGCUGGGGAAGGUGAUGAGGAUGCUGGGACAGAAUCCGACCCCUGAGGAGUUACAGGAGAUGAUUGAUGAGGUGGAUGAGGAUGGCAGUGGCACAGUCGAUUUUGAUGAGUUCUUGGUGAUGAUGGUCCGCUGCAUGAAGGAGGAGAGCAAAGGAAAAUCAGAGGAGGAGUUGGCUGAACUGUUCCGGAUGUUUGACAAGAACGGAGAUGGCUACAUAGACUUAGAAGAGCUGAAGGCCAUGCUGGAAUCCACUGGAGAAGCAAUCACAGAAGACGACAUCGAGGAGCUGAUGAAGGAUGGAGACAAAAAUAACGAUGGAAAAAUUGAUUAUGACGAGUUCCUUGAGUUCAUGAAAGGUGUUGAAUAAAGGUUUCAGCUGAGAGGCUCCCCGCAGCAUCUUCACUUUCCACUGACUGGAUGGAGAUCUGGGGCCAUUCCUGAGGACAAGGUUAACAGCAGACCUUUGGUCUGCAUUUGACAAUAGAAACAACACAUCUGUCCUCAGCCGACGCUUCUCCCGUCAAUUCUUUUCAAACAACCCCACAGAGGCCAUGAAAGCUUUGCAGAGAUCUCAUUAACUGCAAAUAUCUUUAUUUCUACUGAUGAUGAAUCAAAAAUGUCAUUAUACAGACUAUUUUCAUUAAAAAGAUUUUCAUAAAUGCA